GCCAGAAGGCGACACCCAAGCGGCAGACAAGAGUGGAGUCGUGCAGUCGCCGUCGGGGAAAGCCGAAGCAGGUGACGAAGCUUCCAGGAUCCGAAUCCGCGAAGAGGGCAUCUCUGGCAUCGAAUCGCUUCCGGCGAUCUGCCAUUGCCAUUGGGCAGAGGCAGAGGCUCACCCCAACGGCACCGAGGGGGUCUGGGAGUUCGGACGCAAAGCCGCUGGCCUCAGUCACCUCCACAGCGACGAAACUCCGGCGGAGGAGGAGGUGCUGAGCUUUCUUCACUCGCCGGGAAGAUCCUCCGAGAUGUCCACAAGGCAGUCACCUGCCCGGGUGACACAUGCGGAGGAGGAGCGACGGCCGAUUACUCGUUAG